AUGCACUUGAACGCUCCAAUACCGCGUGGCCGGAAGCAUGGGAGCUUACUACAACGCCGGCAAUCACCGGGAACCGGUCAGAAUAUGGUCUUUAUUAUUCUCGGUAGUCUUGCUGCUAUAGUCUUGGCAGGGACCUUGAUCAUCUGCAUAAGAAAGUCCCGGGCAGACAAGAAGAAGCUCAAGGGUGCACAAACACAAGAUGCAAAUAAGGGAGGCAUUUUUAAGUGGAUAUAUGGGAGACAAGGGCGUUAUGCGCAGACAGCAAGCGAAGACGGCGGGGAAAGCGCGAGGCAGUCACAUCAGCUUGAUUCCAAUUCACCGUCAACGAACAGCCGACAAAAUCGCAACAGCACUCGCAAUAAUAACACCAACGGCAGCAGUAACAACAAUGCCUGUGCAACCAUCGAUAGAAACACUUCCGUCCGCUCCGUGCUUACUCUACCCGCCUACCGACAGAGUGCUAACCCCAAUGAGCAAGUCUUGGGAAGAGAGGGCGAACGAGAUGGCGUUGAUGUUAUCAUCGACUUGCCAACUGCAGAAGCAGAGGAGGAAGCACGAAACGAAGAGAUGGAAACAAUGUACCAGAUAAGGUUGGCCAGAAGACAAGCUAUUGCGGAGCGAGAGGAGCGCAGAGAGCGCCGCAGAGAGGCACGGCUUCGAAACGACUAUCGCGAGUUGGAGGCCAUAAGAGCUGAAACCCGGGCUGCGAACGAGGACAACACCAUCACUGAACUACGGACAACUGUGGACCAGCUUAAAGACAACAGACAGAGAUCAGUGUCGAGUGUGUCAUACGCAGACGUAGGCGUCGCACGCCACGAUGGAACCAGGAUCAGAGCGAAUAGUAUCGAGAGCGAACGUGUUGGUUUGCUGUCUGAUGCUGCGAGCAUGCAAUCAGGACACCAACGCGGGCGAAGCUUUAGUUCUGCCGCUAGCCACGACGAUGACUUUUCGAGUCUUGCGCCUGCUCGCUCACGGGGAGCUUCUAUCCGAUCAGGCAGCGCAGAUGGUAGAGCCGGGUCGAGCCCUGAACUGGUGGAAGCAGAUCUUGGUGACGAAGCGAUGCCUCCUCCAGAGUACGAGGACAUACCGCUUAACGACGAUCGAUCUUCAAACCACGGCCCCCCGCCCAACUAUCCUGGUCCUGAGCAGUCAGUAUCGCAGGGAACAUCGCAAACUACAGAGCGAGAUCUGGGAUCGGAUUGGCAAAUGGCUGAGGCACCAGCCACUGCCGGACACAACAGCAAUAGUUCUCGCAACGGUGAAGGCAACGGUGCAGCUCCGCAACUACCAAGCUUGAGUAUUCCACAGUUACCUGAAAUCGUUAUCGAACCCUCAAGCGCAAACCCGCGAGACGGCGAACGGUCACCACAUCGAUGA